AUGAUCAGACAGAUACAUGAACACACAUUUUCUUUGGACACCCAGAGACUUCAGAAAAGAUAUGUGGAGCUGCAAAGAUCUCUCCAUCCUGACAACUUCAGCCAGAAAUCAUCGAAAGAGCAGGAAUAUUCAGAAGAACAAUCAGCUCUGGUGAACAAUGCCUACAGAACGCUGCAGAAACCUCUGAGUCGGGCCGUCUACAUGCUGGAGCUGCGAGGGGUUUUGCUGGAGGAAGGAACGGAUGCCGCCGCGGACCCCGCGUUUCUCCUAGAGGUCCUGGAGAUCAAUGAGAGCCUCGCAGAGACGCGGAGCCAAGAUGAGGUCAGCACUAUCGGGCGGUCUGUGCGAGAGAAACUGAAAGACUUGACUGAACGGAUGAAUUCAUCUCUGAACAAAGGGGAUCUGCUGACCGCCAAAGAGCUCCUGGCCCAAAUGAAGUACUUCACAAAUAUAGAGGAGAAGGUAAAAGACAGAAUUACAGAGGGUUGCUGAGGGGAAAAUUGUAGUCCAGCUCAGUGAAAGAUUCACGCUUGUGCUCUGAAGUUUUUAUAGUAGUAUAGUUAUUGUUAAUGGUGUGUAUUUGUUGGAUUAUUGUUGGUAUCUAAAUAAAGUACAUUAUUUUAA